UCUGAGUUCUCAGAAAAGGAAACUCCUUUGCCUUUAUAUCGAUCUAAGAUCUAUCAAUCGACUCGAAUUAAGGGUUUCGUCGGGAGCCUCCAUUAUGAAAGGCAAGGAACAUGAGAAGGGCAGCCGAAGUAUCUUGGAGCCGAUUCCUCUAGAUCUGAAGAAGAAGAUGGAUCGACUGACUAGAUCGCCUGCAAAGAGUGACCAAAAAGAAAUCUGUGACUCAAGGGACAAAGGCGUUGGAAGCGACAAGAGCCGCCCAGGUAAGAAGCUACAAGUCAUCCUCCCUUACGAUAUGGAGGUGGAGACACUGAUUAGAUUGCCUGGAAAGUCGCUUAUGAGGUUCCUAUGCGUGUCCAAGACUUGGUCUUCCCUCAUCCGAAGCCAGAGAUUCGUGGCUUCUUACUACGCUGCCAAGCCGCCCCGUUUUACAGUCACUUUCACCAACAGUGUAUUUAGUGAACCCAAGCGUCUCUUCAUCUUCUCGGGAGAGGAAGAGGUAACUUCUUCUUCUUCUUCUUUGGUUGCCAAUCUAGACAUGACAAUACCCUCAGUGACCAUGCCUUUCGGCGGCUACAAGUAUUCUUCCGUCCAUGGCUUUAUGGCUGUUAAUGAUAGGUUAAAGUUCAUUAUAUGUAACCCUAGCACCGGGCAAGUCAUUACCUUUCACUGCAAGGCAACGGACACAUGCUUGGGAUAUGAUCCUGUUGGUGAUCAAUUCAAAGCAUUGACCCUGUUGACAUCUACGUAUGCUCAUAACCCUAGUUUCAUGGUGCACGAGGUUAAAAGACUUGGAAGAGGAGGAAUAGUAUCUCGUACCCAAGUUACCUCCCCGCCUUAUCACCCAAUAACUAGGGGACGAUGCAUCAAUGGUUUCAUGUAUUACGGUGCUUCUGUUCCAGCAGAGACUCCUCCUACUCCUGUGUUUGUGUGCUUUGAUGUUAGAUAUGAGACGAUGCUAAGUUUCAUCGCAACGCCUCAGGAGGUCCUGUUAUGGCAGGCUUUUACAUCAUUGAUUGAUUACAAAGGGAAGCUAGCUGUCGUUGUACCAAUCUGUCAGCGAACUGGUUUGUCUUUCGACCGUUUUAAUCUAUGGAUACUGGAGGAUGUGACCAAACAGGAGUGGUCCAAACAAACAUUUGAGCUUCCCUUGUCUCUUCCCUUCAAUAUUGGGAUGGGUAAGCGUAUGAUUUCCCAAGGAACCAACAAGGCUGGUGAAAUCAUUUUCUCCCCAGCAACUCUGCCAGACCGUGCCCAGCCCUUUUAUGUUUUCUACUUCAACCCUGUCACCAAGAGCAUGAGAAGAGUCAGGAUCCACGGAGUCGCUGAUACUGAAGAGUUCUGGAGCCGUUAUGGACUCACUGGCAUUUGUGCCGCCUCUUUCUCGCCCCAUCACGUUGAUAGUAUUGCGUUUUUAUAAAUUGACUCGCAUCUGUUGAUGGUCUUUUUUCCUUUUGGGAACUGGUUAUUCUUUCGACCAUUUUGAUCUUUGGAUUCUGGAGGAUGUGACGAAACAUGAGUGGUCCAGACAAUCAUUUCAGCUUCCCUUCGCUUUUGGGAGUGGUCAGCGUAUGAUUUCCCAAGGAACCAACAAGGCCGGUGAAAUCAUUUUCUCCCCAACAUCUCUGCCAGGCCCUGCCCAGCCCAGCCCUUCUUUGUUUUCUACUUCAACCCAGACACGAAAAAAAUGAGAAGAGUCAGUAUCCACGGAGUCGCUGAUACUGAAGCGUUCUGGAGCCGUUAUGGACUCAAAAGGCAUUUGUCACGUCUCUUUCUCUCCCCAACACGCUGAUAGUAUUGCUUUUUUAUAA